AUGCUGGUGAAGGAACAUCGAGUAGAGGUGCAAGCAAUACAAGAUGCAAUGAAUUUGGUGAAACCAACAAAAAUAUAUAUAACUGUGCUACAAAAUAAGCCUCUUCCUUUCAAAGAUUUACUAGAUGUUAUACAUAGCAAACAUGAUCUUGAGCAAGAUUUUCGCUAUUCACCCCACACACUUGGAGUUCAGCUUGAUCUCGAACAAGAACCAUAUGAUGAUGAUGGUGUGCCAGCAGAUGACAUAGAAGAACAUGGUCAAACAGCACCUCCCUUUGAGAAUUCUAAUCUAAGAGCAUAUGAUGAUGAUUUACCACGACUCUCUCGGUCAACUGAUAGUUAG